AUGCAACCUGGGUAUUUAGGCAUCGCAACCAAGUUCAAAGAAAAGCUGUGUUAUCUGGAAAGAGGCGUCAACAGCGAACGGGCUGUUGCUUUGAGCACACUGGUUGCUCUCCUUGUCGACCAAGCCAAACAGGGAUUGUUAUUCACUCGCGAAGACUACGACCGGCUGAAGCGCGAUAUGCAAAUGAAAGGCAAAGACCCAGAAUAUGAGAAUGAGAGGAGCUCUAGACGCAACUACGUCAACAGGGAUGGCUCCAUACAUAUCUUGGACGAGCUCAAGUUUAUAGUAGCUGAGGACACAAUCGCAGACGCAUUAAAGAAGUUCUCGGAUGCUCUCUUUGGAAAAGAUGUCCCCGUGCAAGCAUGGGACAAGGAUCUAGCUCGUCUCUGGGACGAUUUUGAAAAUCAGAAGAACGAAUCGAGGAUCAUCGGCAGACUCAUGACUGACCUCCGCGCUCAGGUUUCCGAUAUCUCUGAUGAGUGGAAGAAGACAAUGGCUGGUGGUAAGAGUGAUUCCUCCAACAGCGACUUUGGCGUCAAAGUCAGAGAACUGCAUCAGAAGUGGUCUUCAUAUCAACCACCACCCGAACUCCUAACCUCUAGACAAGUCAAGCCCCUCCUCGACGAAUGGAACGGCGACCCAUCUCUAAGCAAAUGGGAGCUCCUCAAAGCAUCAACCAUGUUCAAACUCGGCUACGAAAAGUCAUAUAGCAUGCUCUGGCGUCUCUCAGGCAAACAACUCGCAUGGAUGAAGGCUACAAUGUCGCGCAGCACAUCAGACGCAAGCGCGAUCGCAGUGACGGCUGAGAUGUGGAGCAUUCUCAGACCUGAUAACAAGCGGAUCGCUGCGCUUAAUGCGAGGAGGCAGAUUGGGCAUGAUAAUGAGAGUCUUGCGGCGCUGGAGGAGGUCACGGAGUAUGAUGAGACGGGGACGCAGAUUGACGAUGCCUAG